AUGUCUCGCCGCAAACAAGCCUGUCCUCAACAUAAAGCCGCCAAUGAUUACGACGACCUGUUAGUCCAGUCCGACCAUCAGCAAGUUUCUCCGUCUGAAUGUGUGUCCGAAACGGUUGAUCUCACGCCUGAGGCUGAACUGACUUCUAGGCCACUAUCCAGUGACCCAACAGAGUCUCCCUCACCUGAAGACAGGAGGAGUCAUCAAAACAGGAGCGUCGAGUCGGCAAACGAUCGCAACGAACGAAGCGGUGGACAUCAAGUGAACGGCGAUCGGCACUCGGAAGAUGAACUUUCCGAUGAAUGCAGACAACAAUCACACGGCUCUCUCAACUCUCCCGAACAUUCGGGUAUACCGAAUGCUACCACAUUGAGCACUGGUAGCAAACUGCUGGGCAAUGGCAUUGGUGGUAGUGGUAUAGUCAAGUACAGCAAGACUGGCAAUGUUUACCACUGCAAGUCAUGCAAUUAUGCCACCGAUAAAAAGGCACUUCUGUUAAAGCAUAUCAAGUCAUCGCAUCCGACAGUAGUACAGACACUACAAUCCAGCGGACAGUUGUCGUCGACGACAGUACCACCAGUUGUUGUUACACACAAUAACAAAAUGCAUACAACGAUGACUACGACCACUGAUGAAAGCGACGACACCAACGAUUAUCAUCAGUCAUCCGCACCACAGGACAGAUACUGUAGUAAUUGUGACAUACAGUUCAACUCAUUUAAAACAUAUAAAGUUCACAAAGAGCUAUACUGUGGUGGACGGCAUAACACGAAAUAUCCGUCGCCGGUAUCGAUGGCCAACUCGACUACACCGUUGGUCACAACUACAACACCGACACGCAAACGAUCUCAUAAUAGCGAGACCGACACUUUCAAUGGCAGUCCUAUUGCCGCUGCAGUGCAAAGACAUUUGGCUAAUAGUAGCCAAUCGAUGCCUAACUUUCCAAAUAUGAUUUUCCCUAAUAAUAUGCCAUUCAUAAUGCCAUCGCUGGCGAAUGCGGCGGCGGCGGCGUCUGGCGCUAUGAAUAAUACAAAUGCGGCCUCACUUCUAAGUCAACCGGUCUAUAUCGCCAUUUCCACGAAUCCAAUGAUAUUAGUUCCCUGUUCGUACAAUCCCACUGCCGGUGGCCUCAGUUUACCGAAUCUGACACAAAUGGGAUCGCCAUUUACAGUAUCGCCCGAAAUGCUAUCUCAACAAAAUUUUCUGUCGACUUUAAAUAAUAAUAAUAACAAUAAUAUUAGUAAUAAUAUAAUAACGGGAAAUACGAGUCCAACAGAAGCCCAUAACAGUAAAAGUCGUUUAGCAAAGUCUGUCACAUCACCCGUCAAAUCAAAUGCCAAUCAAAUUGCUGAUGAAUUCCCGUUAGAUUUGAGCUCAAAGCCUAACAAAUUGAUGAAAACGGCUGACACUAACAAUAAUAAGAGAGUUAAACAGCAAAACAAGUUAACGGAUGUUAACGACUCAAUGGACGAAUGCAACACUCGGUCCACUUGUUCACCGCCAGUGGCCAUACAUAGCUCAACACCGUUGGUGGCUCCGGUACCGGUGGAUGUCUAUGUAAAACAAGGAAAAAGUCGAUGCAAUGAAUGUAAUAUUGUUUUCUAUAAACACGAAAACUAUUUGGUCCACAAACAGCUGUAUUGCGCUUCAAGAAGAAUGGAUGUCAACAGCAGUUCACCGGAACAUAAUGCCGAAGAAUUGCGUCACAAUAGUUCACCCGAACUGAACGCUGACCAGAAAGUGACGACACAAACUACUGGCAGCGCAUCGCCGGCCCGAUCGACAACAACAUCGUCGCCAAUACCUUCGCCAUCAAACCCUCAGCCGCCAGUAUUUCAAUUUUAUUGUGUGGCCUGCGGUAUAAAGUUUACAUCGCUGGACAACCUUCACGCCCAUCAAACGUAUUACUGUUUGAAGAGGACUUUGAUUAGUGCCGGAGCCGUCAACAGUAACGACACUCAGUUAAGCGACAAUUCGACCACUGAUUAUGUAAUACCUGGUAAUGAUAUGCUUAUUGAAUACCACUGCACCAAAUGUAAGGCCACUUAUAUUAAUGAGGAGACACUGGCCACACAUGUCUGCUCUGAACUGAAUUUACAUAACAACUCUCAUUCUUUACCAAAACACACAACCAGUUCGGGAACGGGCAGUAACCUAACGAUGCAAUGUUUCAAAUGUACAAUUUGUGGAUAUAAGGGACACACCUUACGCGGUAUGCGAACCCAUGUACGCAUACAUCAGGAAAAACUGCACGGGGUUUCCGAAGAGUCUUUCAUUACAUGCAUAGAUGAGGACAUACCUAAUAGAAGUGGUCGAUCGGGUGGUUCUCGGCGACGGCGAAGUGUCGAUCCGAGCAAUAAUAAUAAUAAUAACAACAAUAAUAUUAAUAAUAUCAAUAAUAAUAGUUCGGCAUCUCUUCAAAAUCAGUCGCAGGCGAGCAAUGCAUCGGUGGCCUCGAGUACUGACACCAGACUAAGUGAAACUGAAGAAAACAAUUGUACGGACAGUGAGAUGAAAGUGGAGCUCAAGAACGGCGACAAAUCGGUGUUGAGUCAGAACGAUAUGACACAUAACUGCAAGUUCUGCUACUAUUCGUCUACUUAUAAGGGAAAUGUUGUCAGACAUGUCAAACUGGUCCACAAAGAUUUGGUACAUUCGCCGCCAUCGCAGUCAUCGCAGUCGUUUGCGACGGACAGAGUCAAGAAGGAGUUUACCGACAAUGAAGAGAAUAGCCAUCAGUCGGGUCUUUCCAGUGAUCAUCACAGCGACGAACUAUCGGAGGAUACACUAAAGCCGAUUGCAUUGAUCAAUAAGUCGGUGCCAAACAAUGUGAAGAAGUCCGGGUCGCCGUUGAACAACAUCUUAGUUAACUCGCAGUCAAUACCAUUGUUGACGAGUGCGGCCACCAAUCAGGCAUUGGUCAACAGUAACAGCACCACCACCGCCAACAACAACAACAAUAGUACCGCCACUACCAAUGGCAUCAAGAAGAUAGGGGCCAAAUACUGUCGAUCGUGUGAUAUAUCUUUCAACUAUUUGGCCUCAUUUAUAGCACACAAGAAGUAUUACUGUUCAUCACAUAAUACCAUACAAGCAAACGACUCCUCACAAGUAGCUCUCAAUUAAUUAAAUUAAUAAAUUAAUUAUAAAAAUUUCAUUCAUUCAUUAAAAAUAAGAA